UCCUCCUCCUCCUCCUCCUCACAGUUGCUCAGACCUCAGAGAGGAAGGAAGGAAUGGCGUCUCCUCGGAGUUUGCUCGCCUCUCUCUGCGGUUUGUUUCUGCUUUUAUAUUUUCCUGCUGGAUCUCCGUCUGCAGGCGGCAGGAGGACGACCCAGGACCGCUGUGGGUUCAAGGCACAUUUUGGAACAGACAGCGCUCGCAGGCUCGCCGUCACCUUGAGAUCUGACAACUGCUCCUUAAACUAUCCGCUGGGGAAACACAUCAUCCACGAGGUCUCCAACAUCUCCUUCAGCCACCUGGCCUGCGAGGAUCAGGCCGCCGUGGUGGUCCACUGGUCUGCAAGUCCGCUGGGAAUCGAACACAUUAAAGGUUUCAGAGUUUAUCUGGAGGAGAAGAACCCUGAAGGGAAGCAGUGUCAACAUCUCGUCCUCAAAGACCCCCGACAACUCAACUUCUCCCACAAGAACACAAAGCUGAGCAGUCAGCCYUUCAGCGGUCUGACCUUUGACACGGACUACAUGAUCCGAGUCGUUCCUUUCCCAUCUCUGAUGAACGAAAGCUUUUUCCCUCCGUCCUUCCUCAGAACCAACUCAUGUGAAGUCCUCCUCGGACCGGACAACCUGGUCUGCAAACCCUUCUGGAGGCCAAAGAGCCUGAACGUGUCUCAGCUCGGAUCGAACCUUCACGUGGCGUUCGAUCAGGCUCCGCCCUCUUUUGGUUUCCACUUCUACUACCUGUACUACAAACUGCGACAGGACYGCCUCUUCAGGCUGCGGCGCUGCAAACCGGAUGUGAAUCAAGUCAGGACAACAUGUAUCCUCCAGGACGUCACUCCAGGAACCUACGUUAUAGAGCUGAAAGACGACGGGAACACGACCCGGAGACAAACUCAGUACCACGUCAGUCAGGUCCACUCCCCGUGGGCGGGGCCUAUCCGCGCCAUGGCCAUCACCGUGCCGCUGGUCAUCAUGUCGGCCUUCGCCACCCUCUUUACCGUCAUGUGUCGUAAGAAGCAGCAAGAGAAUAUCUACAGCCAGCUGGACGAGGAGAGCAGCGAGUCGUCCAAUCAGAGCGCGGCACUGAACAGCGAGCGCCCUUGGCCCCGCCCCAAAGUCUUCGUCUGUUACUCCAGCAGGGAUUGUUCCAAGCACACCAGCGUCAUCCAGAGCUUCGCCUACUUCCUGCAGGACUUCUGCGGCUGUGAGGUCGUGUUGGACUUGUGGGAACACCUGGAGAUGUGCAAAGAAGGUCAGAUGUCGUGGCUCAGCCGACAGCUGGACGAAGCAAACCUCAUCAUCGUCGUCUGUUCUAAAGGCCUGUCGAAGAGGAGAACCUCCUCCUUCGCUCCUCGCCCUCCGGACGGCGGCUGGUCUCUGAGAGGGAAGAAGAGGAAGCAGGCCGGCGGAGAUGCAGACGCCCUCAGUCUCUGCAGUCUGGACAUCAACGAGCCCAGCACCAAGCGCAGCAGACCCAUGUCCAGGGUCCCGUCUCUGGCCAGCCUACUGCCCCCCGUCAAGACCGCCCCGCUGAAGAGGAUCAGUCAGACCCUGCAGGCAUAUCAUGACCCGAUGCUGAAGCUGUCCAUCAUGACUGAACAAGAACUGAACCAGAUCUUUGGGACUCUGGAGUCUCUGAUCCCGCUGCAUGAAGACCUGCUGGGUCGGCUCAGGGACGCCCGAAAACCGGACGGGUCCACCGAACACGUGGGUCACAUCCUGGCGGACUGGCUGCCCUGCCUCUCCUCCUACACGCCGUACUGCAGCAACCAGGUGCAGGCCAAGGCCCUGCUGGACCAGAAGAAGCAGGACCGGCGGGUCCAGGACUUCCUGCAGCGCUGCCUCCAGUCGCCGUUCAGCAGGAAGUUGGACCUGUGGAACUUCCUGGACAUCCCGCGCAGUCGGCUGGUGAAAUACCCGCUGCUGCUCCGAGAGAUCCUGAAGCACACGGCUAACGACCACCCGGACCGGCAGCACCUGGAGGAGGCAAUGCUGAUGGUUCAGAGCGUGGUGGGGGACAUCAACAGGCAGACCGGGGAGUCUGAGUGUCAGUACUACAAGGAUCGCCUGCUGUACUCCGAGGAGGGCCAGAGGGACCAGCUCAUAGACCGGUCCAAGACCCUCAGCUGCCACGGGGAGCUGAAGAACCACCGAGGACUCAAACUGCACGUAUUUCUGUUCCAGGAUGUCCUGGUCCUCACCAGGUCCAUGUCUCCCAACAACCAGCCGGUCUGCUUCCAGCUCUGCCGCCAGCCCAUCCCCAUCCGCCAGCUGGACCUGGAGGACCUGUCAGACGGCGAGAUGAGAGUGGGCGGGUCUAUCAGAGGGGCCUUCAGCAACACGGAGCGAACUAAAAACUUCUUCCGGGUUUCGUUCCGCGCCGGAGGACAGCUGCAGAGCCACUGCUUCCAGGCCAGCGACGCCUUCAACAAACAGCAGUGGAUCAACUGCAUCAGGCAGGCCAAGGAGGCAGCAGAACUCACCGGAGACCCGGAGAGGGGACGGGGUCCGGAGGCGGGUCUGGGAGUACAGAUGGAGCCCGAGACGGAUCCGGGUUCGAUUAAAGAUCCUGAGCUUGAGAUGGAUGCGUGUCCGGGUUUGCGAGGAGAGGAUUUUGGGGAGUUUAGGGAGGGUUUAGCGGGUGUGCGGGGGGAGGCAGGUACAUGUACUGUGGGGUCCUCGGACCUGGACGGACUGUCCGCGAUGGACAGCGAGACAGAGCUGGCUGUGGAGGCGGGGCUUGAGCGAGAACGUGCUGCAGACUGCGAGAUGGACGAUAACGAUGUCCCCUGCUCCGCCUCCUCGUCGGCCUUUUCCGAACGAGGGGAGGAGGAGGUGAUGGAGGAGGAGGAGGAACGGUGUUGACACCGGAACCAAAACCUGAACCUGCGGAACUGACAGAAACAGAAAAGAACAAAAAUAUUAUCUUUUUAUGACCAAAACAUUCCAGUAGAUUUGAUCUAAACACCACUGGUAUACGGCAGGCAGUUUGUGUAUUUAUUUGAUCUCCUUGCCAUUUAGCAUUAUUUUCACCCUCUACUUAAUUCAGAAAACACCCUGUAGAGCUUUUCUCGCAAACCACUAGUUUUACUGGACCACUGGAACAAACUCGUUGUCUAUGGCAAGCUGUUUGUGUAUUUAUUUGAUUUUUUUAAAGGCCAUUUUUGCACACUAGUUUACGACUACACUGCGCUAUUUGCACAUUUGGUCUAACUAGUAGAACAAAAACAACUAAUAUUUGAAUGUUUUUGCUCUAGUUGGAACAGAAGUCAUGCUAGUUACAAUUUUGUCGCCGCAGAGUAUUAAUUAGUCAUUUUUUAACCCACCAGUGCACCACUGAGCCAUACUAGUCAUCAUACCUGUUAACUAGUAAACAUCGAAAUCCCACACUAGUCGACUUGUGCAAAAAUGCUCAACUUGAACGCCAAUUUUAAAUAGAAACCGUAGCUUUUCUUCUGCAGCUUAAUCCUUGUUUAGAUUAUUUUUUUUAUUUUGUCUGAUCUUCAUGACUUUGCAGCGAGUACCUUUAAUUUGUUUUGCUUCUACAUCUGUAAACACUGAGGAAAAAACAAAACAUCUUUCCACCUUAAACUAAACCUGGUGUAUCCUGUUAGUGGUCUGUAAAAAACUGUAUAUGUGUUAAAUCUUUAUAUAAAUGUUUUAAACGUUUAGAUAAAGGUCAUGUGUAUCAUGACAUGUGAUGUCAACAGUCCUCUCUGUGUAUGCUAUUAAAAAGAAUAUAUUUGAUUAAAGACAUUUUCUAAAAAUCUCGAAGGUUCUGUAACUCGAAGACAUUGAAAAAAAUGCUGUGUUGUGUAAAACAAACCACCGAACCAAAGAAAUAAAUGGUAUUAAAAAAGAAA